CCCCCUCCCUCCCUCCUCCCCCACCCCUUCCAUCACAGCCCCUGGCCGUGCUCUCUUCCGGGGAUGACCGGGCCUGAUUCCUAUCCCGGAGCCAAGGCAAUGGCGCCCUCGCCGUUCAUGGUUGCCAAGGCCGGCCCAGUCUGCUCGAUCCCGCUCCCAUCAACUGAUACGCGUUUCCUUAUCACACCCACCCGGAGCCGCGGCGGAUCCGGCUGUGGCCCGGCUGAUCCCGGCUCCGACCGUCCUCCCAGCUUGGCCGAGGGGCUCUUCUGUUGUUCUCAGAUCGACUGCACCAAUGGCCAGUCAUUCUCCUCGAUCACUCCGGCCAAGCAAUAUGGCUCCAUUCCCUCAAACACUCGGGCAACCGAUUUGCCCGGGCCGCCCCGAUCACCCGGCGACCUGCGGCUGCACUCGGCCUGUCUGAUUCGCUGCUUGGUUGAUGGAUACCUGCGUGUUGGACACCUUUUCUCCCUGGCCCUGGCCGUGCAAUCCCUCAGCCUGGAGCAGCUGGCCGCCGCGGUGAGUCUCUUCCAAAAUGCCGCGGUAACCGGCUUCGUCCUCUUCCGUGAGUGUGUUGACCGAUUGGCGGACACCGGGGAGCCGGGCUCUCCGGCAUUCAUCACAGCCCUCGGGGCACUGGUUCAUGCAUUCCCCAGCGGGCCCAGCGGGAGUCCGGAAAUUGAGGGAGCAUGCACACAGAACUGCGCCCUUUUGGCCAUCCGCCGGGCUUCGCGCGCCCUUGUUGACCGUCUCCCGGCCGGGCUUACGCCUGUGGAGGUGGAUGAAGUGCGGAAUGUGCUGGAUGUCCUGCUGGCAUUGGCCGCGCUGGCGGGGGCCGAUGCCCCGACCGAUUUCGAGGCCGAGCUUGGCAGUGUCUUCCGUCGUCAAACAGCCGACGCCCCACCCGGGGGCCACCACUCGGCCUUCGUCCAAAUCCAUCGCCUUCUCUUCUCGGGACACAGUGGCUCCGCGCUGCGGCGCUUCUUUGCCCGGUUGACCACUGACCGGGGUCACUUUGCCCAGUGGUUUGUCCAAUUCCGCAUCAACCACCCGAUUCCGGUUCCCUGCUCCAUGGAGGAGGGCUACGGCUGGCCGUCGCUUCAUCUAGCCGCGUUCGCUGGCUGGGCAGACGGCGUGCUCUUCCUCCUGCCUUUGGGUGCAAAUGCUUGCUUGCGUGCCUCUUCGGUUGGCGAGCGAGCCGCCUGGUUCGGAGGGGAGUCUCCCUUCCACAUCAUUUUCCACCGGAUCGGCCAGCUUCUGGGGUUCUUGGUCGGAACGGCACUCGGCACAACGGCCGGGCCUCCCAGUCCGGCUGAUGCCUUUUUGCUGUCCUGGCACCGGGGUCACUCCGUGGAAACACCCGCCCCCGUCCGGCAGUCUCUCAGCGACCUUGAUGGCCUGCUGGAGUGUCUGGCCAUACUGCUAACCUUCCUGGCCAGUGAUCUGGGCAGCACACCAGCCGACGCCGGGGACGCUUCGUUCCAUCUGGCCACGUCCUUCGCAGCGGGGGCCCUUCUGACACCGGAUGCCCUGGGUAAAACCUGUCUCAGUAGGCUGUUGGAUGCUCUCGGCCCGGGUCCCGGGAGGGCUUUGCUCGCCCUGCGUACUGGCUCACCGGCGAUUCCCAGUGCCCCAGGCGCCCCUCCGCUAGCCGUCGCCGCGGCUCUUUCGCAUGUGGGGGACCUGCUGCGGACCCAUGCCCCGGCUGGGGUGCUGUCAGAGCUGAUCCGGUCCACUGUGGUCUCGUCCACGGCUCCGCAGUCGGUUUUCCUGCUGGUCCGCGAAUGCGAGGUCCAGGCGGCCCUCACUGAGCCCCUCCCGGCGGCCAAGAUGACGAUGGUCGAAUUGCAACUCCUCGCACUGGCGCUCAUAGCACCGGCAAGUACCCUGGGCGACCCGUUGGCAACACAGGCUCUGGCCUGUGGCCUCUGCCAGGGAGAGGUGUUUGCUCUGGCCGGGCGCCGACUCAGGGCCUUGGUGUCCAUCUGGGAAUGGCUUUGCACGCCAAGCAACCCCUCCACGUUGGAUGGUGAUGCUUCUGCGGCCUUGAUCUCCGGGGAGUCCGCCCUCUCAAUGACUGGCCUCCUUCCAACCAGCACGCUACAGCUUCGCAUGUCUGUGGAUGGUCAUCUGCCCGGCGGCGGGCCAGGGCCCGGGUUGCUUGAGAUUGCUUGCAUCAGUUUGGAGGACCUGCGCGAUGGUUCGCAAAUGGCACAACUCCUGUCGACCUUCAUUGCUCUCUUCCCAGCUGCCGACAACUGGAUCGAUCCCGAUCAUGCUGCUCGGGCGGUGUUUCUUCACAUUGUCGCCCCUGCGGCUGGGCCCGAGUCAAGUGCUCUUUGCCAGGCCACCUGCGAGGAGCUCCUGGGCCGGUGCCCACAUGCCACCAGCUGUGUCGCUCGGCGGGCUCUCCUGCUGGGACUGGGGUCGCAGCAAUUCCUGGCCCUCCUGGAGGCAGAGGAUCGCGACUGCCAGAUCGCCGGGCCUGUUGGCUCGCUUGUCACCUCGCCGGCAGUCCCUCUCAGCCCGGGAGAGUCGGCCCCGAGUGUCGGGGCGGCUGUCAACGACACCGAGAGCACGCAUCCCGAUCACAACCCCGAGGCGGGUGAACUCUCCUCGCCGACGCUCUCCAUUCUCCAGGCCGACACGGGGGGAUCGCCCUCGAACCCCGAGCGGUCAGCCUGGGCCGAGUGUCCAUGCUGCCAGUUUGACCUUCGGGACUUCCACCGACAAGCGGCCGAGUCCCAUGUGGCGGGCUGCUUGGAGGGACAAAGUGCCGGUUUGCUGCCAGCUGCGUGGGAAGAGUUUGCCCUCUGCCUGAGUGAAAUUUCAGAUCUUACAUCCAGUUCAUUGGGCGAAGGUCCAGUUCCGGAUCAGUAUUCCGCCCUGCCCAGGCUGCGUCUCCAAGCCAGCGAGGGACGUGAGUGUCUCAUCUGCACGGACCUCCUUUCAACCAAUGAGGCCGUCAUCAUGACUGCCUGCAUGUGUGUGUACCACUCGGCCUGCAUCCGAUCCUGGUGGGAUAGCCCCGUUGGACGGGAUCCCGGCGGCCGAGCCGGCAAGUGUGUUGUCCACCACCAGGACGCCUAGUGGGCGGGCCCCCAAGAUGUGCAAGAGAAAAAAUACACCAGCUGCAUGUACA